CCGCCCGAGGGCGAGGCCGAGCACUACAAGAUCCCGCCCCUGGGGAAGCACUACUCGCAGCGCUGGGCCCAGGAGGACCUGCUGGAGGAGCAGAAAGACGGCGCCCGCGUGGCUGCAGCUGCGGACAAGAAGAAAGGCGUCCUGGGGCCACUGACCGAGCUGGACACGAAAGAUGUGGACGCACUGCUGAAGAAGUCGGAGGCCCAGCACGAGCAGCCCGAGGACGGCUGCCCCUUCGGCCCCCUGACGCAGCGUCUCCUACAAGCGCUGGUGGAGGAGAACAUCAUCUCCCCCGUGGAGGACUCCCCGAUCCCCGAGAUCGUGGGCAAGGACUCGGGGGCUGAUGGCGCUGGCACCUCCCCCCGCAGCCAGAACAAGCCCUUCAGCGUGCCGCACACCAAGUCGCUGGAGGGGCGCAUCAAGGAGGAGCUGAUCGCACAGGGGCUGCUGGACUCGGAGGACCGCCCGGCCGAGGACGCUGAGGACGAGGUGCUGGCGGAGCUGCGCAAGCGGCAGGCGGAGCUCAAGGCGCUCAGCGCUCACAACCGCGCCAAGAAGCACGACCUGCUCCGGUGGCUUUACCCAGCCCCUGGAUGA